AAAAUUGACAUCUGGUGUGUUUCAAUUGUUUCCAUUUGGGACAUUUGUGUUUUGUGCUAGUUUUUACGAAUUUGGGCAUAUUUGGUCCAUAGUCGUUGCUCGACACAGCGUAAAUAAUUGUAAUAACAAUGGCCUUAUCAAUGUUUCUUCGCGCUCCAGUAUGCACAAACCAGGCCUUCAGCAAACAGAUAAUGCGGCUAGCAACAUUUUCAGCAACAAAUGGAUCAACAUUAACUGCACAAACACUUCCCAGCAUUGUCCCACUCAAGAAAAUUGCCGUUAAGACUGACAUUACACCAAAAACAAAUUCAGUUCGUUCGUUCCGUACAUCAGCAGUGCGCAUGUCUGAUGAAACGCCUCACGACCACUCCAAGCUGUGGGUGAUAGAGAAGGGGGUCAGUGCACUGAUGGUGCCUCUCAUCCCACUCGGCCUCCUCGUACCCAACAAGUUGUUUGAUUCGAUACUCGCCAUUCUCAUCACAGCACAUAGCUUCUGGGGUUUAGAGGCGAUCGCUGUUGACUACGUGCGCGCGAGUGUCGUCGGCCCCAUUAUACCCAAAAUUGCCAUCGCGCUGGUGUACCUGCUGUCCAUCGCAACCCUCGGCGGCCUCUUCUACAUCAUCAGCCACGACGUGGGCAUCGGCCGCGCCGUGCGCCAGCUCUGGGCCGUCAAGUCAAACUCUCAUAAUGCCUAAACUGACAUAUUCCAUAUGAUACAUGCUGGCUUUUCAAAACUAUUAGACCUUCAUUGUUAUAUUGUUUUUUAUGUACUUAGCUCAAUUUUUUUUCUAAUUAAUGGACUUUUCUUUUCGUCCGACAUUUACUUAAUGUUUUGAACAAAAUUGGAUGUUUCAAACAUCCCUGUAUUUUUUGUGAUUAGAUCCAAGAUCGUUUUUAUUUGUUCGUUUUUAUUUUAUGUAUAUCUGUACCGGCAUCUAAGAUUAUCUUAAAAAUUUUGUCAUUAAAGUAUUACAAUUUUUAGACAUACUAUAAAAACGUGAGAAUAUGUCAGCCAUUCAAAUAAAACAACAACAAAUAAAGCUUAUUAUUUAGCAGAUGUAACUGCUUAAACAAAAAAAAAGAUUGCGUCUACAUAUUUUUUUUUAAAUCUCUCAACUUGUCUCUUGUUUAUUAUUGUGAAAAACAAAAUGAUCUAUUCAAUUGACUUGUAUUUUUAAAAAGGAUUGUUCGUUACGUGUUCAUGUUCGCGUCUGGACGAUGAAUAUUUCUGAAUAUUGUAAUAAAAUAAUUUAUUGAUAGAAUAAUAAACGUAUUAUAGUUG